AUGGAUAUCCAACGCCAGUUUCCUAGUGUGCACUGGAUCUGGGGCGGAGGUAUAUCUUUCGUUUACGAAGUUCACCCUCGCAUCGUCGUCAAAGUCCCGAAGUCUGGAGAAUUUGAAAGAGAACAAUUCCAUAAAGAGGUCGAGAUAUACCGAAUAUUCUCUCAAAACCCACCUUGCCCCUCUAUUGUGCAAUGUUUUCUCUUUUCAGGUAGUGGCAUCUUCCUUGAGUACAUGAGAGAUCGUCUACUAAUCUACCUCCUAGACAUGUCGCUUUCUUCUAGGAUACAGAAAAAUCAUACUCGGGACCAGCAAACCAUGGUGGUUACUGCAGUGGAAAAGUUAGAACCUCUUCCCCUCCGAAAAGAAUGGAUGAACGAUCUCGCUCAAGCCGUCGCUUUCUUGGAAUCCCUCAAUCUUGCGCAUGGUGAUUUACGACCUGAAAAUGUCCUACUUGACCGCAACCGGCUGAAGCUAUCCGAUUUUGAUAGUACGGCAAAAAUUGGAGCCAACUACGAAGCUUGCAUGGCUCCGUAUGGCAGAAUACUCAAUAGCAAUGAGUUAGACCAAGGAGAAUGUGGAACUUUUGGCUUUCUUGGCCCUCGGACAGAACAGUUCGCUCUUGGUUCCAUUUAUUAUUUAAUAAACUACGGUUUUGAAGUCUAUGGAGAUCGAUGUCUCGCCAAAGAUCCCUACGAGCAUGGUCCUAGAGUCGUGGAGUUACUACAGAGUAUGGAGUUUCCCAAUCUGGAUGGCAAUCCUCUGAUUGACGACAUCAUCGACAAAUGUUGGCAUAACAAAUACGUCACGGUCUCAGAACUAGCCGCGCACACGAACAUGCUUUUGAACGAAAGAAUUGAUGCGACGGAGAGUAACCGAGGUAGAAGGAAGGAAAGCAAUGAAGUGGCGACCCUCGUGGAAACACAGUUCAUGGGACGAUGGUGUGAUAUCAUAGGUCGCAUAAUCCAUGGGAUAUGUUAUGGCUUCGGAGCCUGGUGGAGGUCGUUAUUACAGCUUUUCAACAGCGAGCUAACAAAGGCCGAGCGUUCUAAUGGUGGCAAUCGUGAUGACGUGGAUCACAACCGCCUGGGAGAGGAAUUUAUUUCGAAAAAGGAAUUUUGUCAGGACCUGGAGAAACGCGGACUGCUUCAUGUCCUUUCUUUAGGCGAGCCGGAGCAAAUCGGAUUCACUUUCGAUUGGUAUAGGCAUAGUCUUUGA